UCUUUGGAAAGCUUGGUCCUUCAAUACCUUCGUCAAGCUUCUCAGAGUGUAGAGCAAGUGGAGAUAUUGUCUCCCUUGUCGUCUAAGCCAAAAUGCUCGUCCUCGCCUGACGAUGCCGCCGCCUUGUUGACGGAGAUGGGCGAUUAUUUGACCCGGACCGCCAUGAUAUGGGCAUAUCUUAUUGAAUACCUUAUCAAAGGAUCUCAUAUCGAUCAUGUCACGCUGCAAAUUCUCGAAAACUCUCGAGCCAAGACUAAUGUUGCAGAUCUGUCCGAAGCCGCUUCGCUGGACAUGACUCUUGGUCGCCUCCGCAAGAUGCGUGAUUUGGCGAUGCAGCACUCUAAAGAUAUUCAAACCAUAUGGAAGCUUGGGAGCCACCGGAAGGCCAGUCUAUCAUGCCUAGUUGACCCCCAACCGUCUUCAUCGUUACACGGGGAGACCCCAUCCUCAGUUCCAUCGGCAACCCCUUCAGAGUCUUACUCAAGGCCAGAAGGGUUCAGGAGUACGUCGCAUACAGCCGAGCGUCGUAAGCAGAUUGCGGACGCGAUUGCAAUGGCCGCAUCGGCCUCUGCGGCAUUGGAAAACAUGAUUGAAGAAGAGGAUGAAGAAGACUCGGAUGAGUAUUCCGACGACGGCCUGUUUGCAGGCAUCAACUUGAAGGCUUUGAAACAGCGCGGUAAAGGGAAAUAUUACUGUCCUAGAGGCCAUCGCUGCGACAAAGGCGGCGUUGAUAAGAGUGGAAAUCUGAUACUUUUCGACCGUAACUCAUCUUUUGCGCAACAUUGCAACAAACAUCGCAAGCCCUGGAGACACCGAACCGCCAGAAAUAGAAAGAGAGGGCAAUCGACAUGGUCCACAUGUGACGGGCAGAGUCCGCCCGCAGCUCUACUCGUACGAGCAGCACAAGCAUGAAAGAUACAUGUACAGGGGCCAGCCCGGCGUCAUGGCACAUAGUCUACUGUACGUCUCAGCAACUACAACAAGCUCGACGCCUUCCGAAGGAUCAGAUCAGGCAAACAAACGCACGGCCAACAGCCUGAGGCCUGGCUCGAGUCGGUGAGGCUUCCCCGUCUCCACGUCAGCGGCUCUCCCCGAGUCCGCGCUCGUCUAGCCUCGACGCCGUCCAUCUGGGUGGAUCGAGCUAUAGGCGCCGGUCUCUGUCACCCGAAGUCACGGUACCCAUCUUCCCGUGGGCGCUAAUAAUAGGGUUGCCAGUCAGUUGUUGAUGGUAGUCUAAACUAAGGGGAUCACUACUGGGUUGCUGAUCUGUCAGACUAUCGAUAUUGUGUGGCUGGUCUCUUAUUUUCUUUUUUUGCUUUUGCUUACUACUACUAUUACUUUCUUUUCUUUUUUCUUUUCCUGUUUUUUCAGCUCGGAUUUCAGCUCGGAGUGGGGGGGGUGUUGUUUUCUUUUCUUUUCUUCCUAUUUAGCGCUGUUGUUCUUUGCUUGAAUCGGGUUUAGCAACAGGAUGGAAAAAGCACAACUUUUGGGUUAUACGAGGAUACACGAUGGACGACAAAACGGGACUUUUGGGACUAACAACCAAAGGGAUGAAAAACGAUCGGAAAGGGAAAAGUAGCGGGCGUUUAAUUAGCUCAAGGGGCAGUUGCUCCGCAUACACUGUUUAAACAUCCUGGAGAGCUGAACUCUGGGAUCUGCCAUGCCUGUUCUUUAGCGAUAGCCGGUCCGAAAAAAACAAUAGAUUUCUAGGUAACAUUA